AAGAAUCCCACUAAAAAUGUUGAUGAAAAUCCAAUGGCAAAUGCAAGUUAUUUCCGAGCUUAUUUCCCCAGUGCACAUACCAUGAAACAAAGAUUACAAGUCAUUCUCGAUAAACCCGGCGCCGGGAUUGCGCUUUGGGACUUGGGUCAAGCCGGUGAAUGGCUCUUGCACGAAUUGUAGCUUCUGUAUACUAUCCAUGUGACCUGUGCCCCUUUUUUAGCUUCAUUUGGCUGGCAAUCAGACCGAAGAAAUGGCAUGCAUGAACGUACAAUAAUUGAAUUGAUGUAGUGUGAACAACUUGUGCAUCCGCCAUCAUCACAUUCAGCCUGAAAAUGGAUUCACCUUUCCGUCAAAACUUAGUCCCGCCAGCUUUUCGUGAACUUCCUAUGGGAAGCAUUAAAUCAGCAGGAUGGAUUGAUGCACAAUUACAGGCUUCCUUGGCGGCAUUGGCAGGUCAACAACAAGAAUUCUAUGCAAUGGUGCAAGAUGGAACGUUUACAGGAGGUAAUACGACUUAUUCAUCCUUGAAUGAAUCACAACCCUAUUAUUUCCAAGCAGCAGUUGCAGCAGUCUUUACAACAAAUGCACCUGAAAGUUUACGAAAUUGGGUUGAUGAUACUUUGACUUAUAUGAUCAAUGAUCAAGAUCAAUCCGGUUGGUUUGGUCCUGAACCAAAGAUUCUUUGGCCACGAUGGCCAGUCUUAAUUGGCGCAAUGCAUUAUGCUGAAGCUGUACCUGAGAAAGCAAGUCAAAUUGUAGAUUUCAUCUACAAAUUUGUGGUUGCUACGCAUGAAUCCCUGCGGUCAACGGACAAUGAAGCUACCGGUUUAGAAAGAUGGGGAUGUGUACGUACGGCGGAGUAUACAUUUAUCUUACAGUGGCUCUUUGAGAACCACCCACGGGAAGAAAACAUUCAAAAGAUGUUGUGGGAAGAUAUGACCUUUAUUCGUACAAAAGGGAAUGAAUUAGCGGGUGAUUUCGAAGGGAAAGGAUGGCCAGCAUUCUUCUCGGAAGGAAUAUUCAACAAAGAUGGUCAAGGUGAACGAACUAUGCGUUCUCAUGGUGUCAAUGCCGCAAUGGCAUUGAAAGAAGCUGCAUUGCAGUGGCGUGUAACAAACAAUCAGGCAGAAAAGGAUGAAGCGGAACAUGACUGGGAAAUCGUCUACAGAUAUCAUGGAAAAGAAGCAGGACAUUUCUCAGCCGAUGAACACUUGGCAGGCUUGUCACCUGAAAGAGGAUCAGAAACUUGUUUGGUCGUUGAAUUAAUGUGGUCAGCUUCAUUGAUGUAUGCAAUCUUUGGUCAGAAUGAAUACGCCGAUCGAGUUGAACGACUUGCUUUCAACAGUCUUCCUGCUUGUAUGACGGGUGACUGGUGGGGAAGACAAUAUGUUCAACAAGAGAUGCAACUUACAAGUCAACCAUUUAAGACAAACCCCUUCAAUGACGUUGGUGAAGAUAGCAAUGUUUUUGGGCUGGAGACCAAUUAUCCUUGCUGUACGGUAAAUCAUUCUCAAGGCUUACCAAGAUUUGUCAGUAGAUCAUUCCUCAAACGAGAAGCUGCGAACGGUAAUGAAGCGAUGCUACUGCAAGUUUAUUUGAUCCCUUCCAUCUGUCAAAUCACCUUAAACGAGGACAACAAUGUCAAAGUGACAGCAGAAACAAAUUAUCCUUUCGAGAAUACGGUUCGCUAUACGUUCAAAGCAAACAAAGAGUUCCGAUUCGGAGUACGUGUACCUUCCUGGUCAGGAGGUGUAUGCUUUGCCAAAGAUGCUGAAGAGCUUGAGGAGGUACGAACAAAUUAUGACGAUCACAUUUUCUCGUUCAUUGUUCCCGCUGGCGAUUCCAAAGCACGAAUACACCUCUCUUCUAAGAUUAAGGUAACACAAGCAGCAGGAGCUCCAGAAGGCGUUGUCCACAUCUCAAAGGGGGCUUUAUUAUAUGCUUUACCGAUAGAGUACGACCUGAAAGAGAUUCGUAAGGAUCCAACAGAACCCAAGGCAGUAGAUAAUGCACGCUUACCGAAAGAUCCUAAUUCAUGGAAAGUUGCCAUCGAUACUGAUUCUCUAGAAUUCCAAGACAAAACUAAUAAAACUGUUUUCACGCCUCUCGCUUUUCCUGUCUUUGACGAUGGUAAGGCCCCAAGCUCAAUCAAAGCAGAUGCAUAUUCGAUGAAAGAUAGUUGGAACCCAGUCGAUGACGGUCAAUGGAAUAAAGGCUUCCCGCCCGGCCCAAGCAAGCCAGUCGGUGAGCCUAUCAAAGUAGAGUUGCAACCGUAUGGGGCUGUAAAGCUUCGUGUAUGUCCAUUAGCAACAAUCAAGAGCAACGAAAAACAAGGCUCGAUGGGCAUUUAUCAACGGAUUUUAUCAUAUACCAGAUUUAUUCUUCCUUCCUCUACAUCUUCUCAGAAGUGAUAAUCUAU